AUGGCAUCGCAACGUAUCGCAUUCAAAGUAUCUGGCACGGUCCAAGGCAAGUUCACGUCAAUGCUCCUAAGCAAUAUCUAUGAUUCUAACACUUGGUCUGGCAGGAGUGGGAUUCCGGUAAAUAUACCCUGCCUUCUGCACGCUGUAGAUGCACUUCUCGCUAAGCACGCCGCGAUCUAUAGGGACUUUACUCAAAAGAGAGCCACCGCGUAUGAUGUAAAAGGCUGGGUGAAGAACACACAUUGUGGAAGGGUAGAAGGCGAAGCCCAAGGAACCGAAGAGUCUCUACAAAAGUUCCUCAAAGACAUCAACAAUGGACCCCGCCAUGCACAUGUCGUCAAGUUAGAGAAGAAGGAAAUCGCACCCAAGGAUGGCGAGGUAGAAUUCGGGUUUAUGAAGACUUCUGAGUCAGGAUAUGAGGCCAUGCAGUGA